UUCUUUCCCUAUAAAUAUAUCUACAAAUUAAUAUCACAAAUCAAAUCCCACACAAUGGACCACUCUACCAAAUCCAUUAGUUCCAAUAUUGUGGCUGCGAUAAUCUCAAGCAUUUUGAUAGUUGAAUUGUUGAGCUUGAAUUUGGUGGAAUGCAGAGCAGUGGGUGAAUCAAAUUUGUUGCAGUAUUCUGCAAUAAACUGUCGAAAACACAGUGCAUUAUUGACAGAUUUUGGAGCAAAAGGAGAUGGAAAGACUUUGAACACUAAUGCCUUUCAAUCUGCAAUUGCCCAACUCAGCAAACUUGCACUAGACGGCGGAGCGCAGCUAAUCGUCCCACCAGGGAGAUGGCUCACCGGUAGCUUCAAUUUGACUAGUCACUUCACCUUGUUUCUCCAAAAGGACGCCGUUCUUCUUGCAUCUCAGGACGAAUCGACAUGGCCCAUUGUUGCUCCAUUGCCUUCUUAUGGGAGGGGGAGAGAUGCCCCUGGCCCAAGGUUUGGCAGUUUCAUUUCUGGAACAAACCUCACCGAUGUUGUCAUCACUGGUGCAAAUGGCACAAUUGAUGGGCAAGGUGCCUUGUGGUGGAAAAAGUUUCGGUCGGACGAGCUCAAGAUCACCAGGCCAUACCUCAUUGAGAUCUUGUACUCUGACCAAGUCCAAAUUUCUAACAUCACUCUAUUGAACUCCCCUUCAUGGAAUGUCCAUCCCACCUACUGCAGCAAUGUGAUAAUCAAAGGGCUCACUGUCCUAGCACCUACUGAUUCUCCCAACACAGAUGGGAUAGACCCAGAUUCAUCCACAAAUGUUAAAAUUGAAGACUGCUAUGUGGUCUCUGGGGAUGAUUGUGUAUCAGUGAAGAGUGGUUGGGACCAGUAUGGGAUCAAGUUUGGGAAGCCCGCACAGCACCUCAUCAUCAGAAGGCUGACCUGCAUUUCUCCCGAUAGUGCAGUGAUCGCCCUUGGUAGUGAAAUGUCGGGUGGGAUCAGCGAUGUCCGGGCCGAGGACAUCACUGCCAUCAACUCGGAGUCGGGUCUGAGGAUCAAGACAGCCCCUGGGAGAGGAGGGUUUGUGCAAGACAUCUACUUGAAAGGGAUGAAUGUGCACACAAUGUAUAGGUAUGUGUUAUGGUUUGCAGGAACAUAUGGGCAGCACCCAGAUAAUGGGUUUAACCCAAACGCAUUGCCUGUGGUUAAGAAUAUAAACAUUAGGGACAUUGUAGCACAGAAUGUGACCAUGUCUGGGCAGCUGGGCGGGAUCAAAGGCGACCCUUUUACAGGAAUUUGCCUUUCGAAUUUGAAAUUUGAGUUGGCAGAGAAACCCAAGAAGGUGCAGUGGAAUUGCACAGAUGUCGCAGGGGUGUCGAGCAGUGUGACACCACAGCCCUGCACUUUGCUGGAGGGCAAGAAUCUUGGGCCGGGGGGGUCCUGUGCUUACCCUGCUGAUCAGCUUCCCAUUGACAAAGUUCAGUUGAAGACUUGUGUAGUAAAAUAAAGCAGAGGCAGUGUGGGAGUGGGCUAACUGAGUCCGCAGAAUAAGAAACUUCUAAUAUUCCAAAAAAUUUUUUGAGCAAGUUGGCGUUGAUCAAUGUACUAGAAAAAUCUCAAGUGCAAAAAAAAUGAGCAAGAAACUUUGAAGGCAAA